AUGGAUUCAACAUUAUCAAUCACUCAAGUACGAUUGAAUAACUACGAUGAAGAGAUGAAAAAUCUAACUGAUUUAUUAGCAUUAUACAACAAUGUUUGUAUUGAUACGCGCUUCACUCCAUUCUUAUGCGUUACACCACGAGGUGCAACCGAGUUGAUGAGAUACGAAGAUAUGAAGUACAACACCGGCAAUUGCAAGUUGUUUCAAGUCGGAUUAAGUCUAUGUGAUGAUGAAGGGAAGAUAGGAUUUCGUAACAUUGUGGAAAAAUUCCAUGGAAAAAUCAAGUGGGUUACAUUUCAUGGUAUGUACGACUUAGCGUUCUUGAUUAGUAGUGUGCUCGGAUUGUCGAUACCAAGUACGAAAGACCAAUUUCUUGAACUAGUUAAGAGGGUUUUUGGAAGGUUUUACGAUCUUAAAGCAAUGGUUAAGCACUAUGAGAACUACUUGGGUCCUUUGAGUGAAUAUGUGUUAGGAUUGGGGAAAGUGACUCAAAUGGUUGGGUUUAAACUACUCGGAAAGCGUCAUCAUGCAGGGUCGGAUAGCUUAGCAACGGCUCAACUUCUAAGCAAGUUCUUUGAAUGGGAUUUGAAGGGAUACUCUCGCUUCGAAAAUUUUCAAGACUACACAAAGUUUGAAGGGAUACUCUACGGCCUAUCUCCAUCUCAAAUAAGUAAUGCUACUGAUAUUCAAGAGGCUGUUCAUAUGCGUCAUCAUAAUACAAUGUAUCUUCCUAACGCUCCUAUGGUCUUCUAUGCGCCUCGUAGUCCAUUUUCGAGGAUACAAGCUCCGCCGCAUAAGGUAGUAAGAGAUGUAUUGGGCAUCCCUUAUGUUGUUUAUGGUAAUGUGCCCUCUAUGGUACAUGCUCCAUCAUCAAGUGUUGUAGUUUCUUCAAUUCCCUUGUGUUGUUAA